AUGAACAUUGAGGUCCAUAUAUGCCUUUAUACGCAAAAUUGGAGAAAAACCCAGGAUAAUAACAAGCUGUUACAACUUGGAGGUUUCAAGAAAACUUUAGCAACAUCUAAAAUAAUGGUGGAAUUGGAGGAGCAGCAGAGUCCACCAGCAGAUCAAAAUGGUAAUGAUGAAAUCAUCACUGAAGGUGCUUCAGUUGUGCUUGGAGAACCUCCUCAAGAUGAAAAUGGUCCCCCCGAAGUUCAUUCCGAUGUUGAAGUUCUUCAUGAGAAAGUGACAAAGCAAGUUAUUAAAGAAGGUCAUGGUCAGAAGCCAUCAACAUAUUCGACAUGCUUUUUGCAUUACAGAGCAUGGACUGAAAGCACCCAGCACAAAUUUGAAGAUACAUGGCACGAGCAACGACCCCUCGAGCUUGUCUUGGGAAAAGAGAAAAAAGAAAUGACAGGGCUAGCUAUUGGCAUUUCCAGCAUGAAGUCUGGAGAACGGGCACUUUUACAUGUUGGUUGGGAACUAGGGUAUGGAAAAGAAGGAAGCUUUUCUUUUCCAAAUGUUCCACAAAUGGCAAAUAUUAUAUAUGAAGUUGAGUUAAUAGGUUUUGAUGAAACCAAAGAAGGGAAACCACACAGUGAGAUGACAGUAGAGGAGAGGAUUGGCACAGCGGACAGAAGGAAGAUGGAUGGGAAUGCAUUAUUCAAGGAGGAAAAACUGGAGGAGGCUAUGCAGCAGUACGAAAUGGCCAUAGCAUAUAUGGGAGAUGAUUUCAUGUUUCAGUUGUUUGGUAAGUAUCGGGACAUGGCUUUGGCGGUAAAAAAUCCUUGUCACCUCAACAUGACCGCAUGUCUGAUAAAGCUCAAGCGAUUUGACGAAGCCAUUGCUCAGUGCAGCAUUGUGUUGGUUGAGGAUGAAAACAAUGUCAAAGCACUGUUCAGACGUGGUAAAGCUAGAGCUGAACUUGGACAGACAGAUGCAGCUCGCGAGGACUUCCUAAAGGCAUGUAAAUAUGCACCUGAUGACAAAGCAAUUGUGCACGCUUGCUAG